CUGCAAUUGACUUUAUAUACUAGCAAGUCAUACAUAUACCCGAGGCUCACUAGUCCAUUAAAGACUCAUUCACGAUGUCGACUCACCUUGCGAUACUGCCACUUGACAUUAUUGACACACUGACUGCGCGGCUAAAUCAAGAAAACCGCCAUCCCGACUAUGUGCCUCGAUUCCUAAGACUUCCACACCCGCGUACAGGUCUCGCUUCACUGUUUCUUCUUCAUGAUCACCGUUCACAAAAUGAUACCACAAAGACGAGUUCCAUAUUAGAGGUGCAAGCCAUAUCCCCGACGAAUGCGCGGACCUGGUUUAUGGGAGAGGAAGUCAUCGCCGAUGGAAAGCUUAUAGUGAUGACGCCCAUGGACCCCAUGUUCUUGCUCAUGUAUCUUUUACGUGCCCCACAAGCGCGCGACGGCUCAAAAGGCAACUUCAGGCCCUUGGAAGAUAUUAUAGAAGAAGCCUCUGCGACGAUUGCUGAUGCUUCCGAUAAAGAUGCUCAGAAGGACCCGUCAUUACAUGUCUCCGCAGACGACAUUGUUUCCUUUCUGUCUCUGGAUUUUGUGCAGUCCUCUAUAAAGCGUGUCUGCGACGUCAAGGUCAUAACGGACAAGAUUACUGUAUACAGAUAUUCUCAUGACGUUGUGCUGGAAAAUCUCAAGAGGAAGGUAGGACGCUUAUCCGACCCCAAGGUCGCAGAGAUGUCUCGCACUUUGGUACGGAGCCUUGCAAAGGAUGGCUUGAUGGAUGAUGGAAAAGAGGAACUACUCGAUUUGGGACGGACCAAGUUAGCAUGUGAAUUGCUAUCGCAAUAUCUUCCCCGGGACGUGUUGCAGGAUUUGAUUGCGUUUUACAACCUCUCUAAAUUGGACGCCCAUGUGAAAACGGUCAGAGAUGAAGAACUCGCUUUGCUCGCCGUAGCUCCCGACACUAAGAAGAGAGCGAGGGUUCCAAAAUCCACUGCAGCUGGCGAUAAAAAUCAGAAAAAGAAGAAAGACGCCAAGGCUACUGGGAAUGCUGACAUUGACGCAGCUGACGAUGGAGAUAAGAAGAAGAAAAAAGAUGCCAAGUCGUCACAUGGCGUAGAGAAGCUGAAGAAGGCCAAUGUGGCAGGGAUGUCGAAGUUGUCCACCUUUUUCACCAAGAAAGCUGCAUAAUUGCAACUUGGAGUCAUGCGCUCACGCUUGGCCACACGCUACGAUGCUUUGGCCGCCUGAUAGUACACUUGUUCGACCUGUUAGUU